UGAUACGCAAUGUACAUAACUUAUGUUUUAUAUAUACGAAAUGCAUAAAGAUAUACAUAUAAGAGAAUAAUUAUAAAUAAAUGACAGAUAAUGAGGGACUUUGCAGACAGUGUAGCGAAACUUUGUAUAGACAAGUAUAAUUCUCUAAAGAAAACUGGUAAACCUACAAUUAAUGAAUGGACUGUAUUGUGUGGCAUUAUUUUAAAAGAUGCUAGUGGAUCGUUGCAUCUUGUAGCACUUGCCACAGGGACAAAAUGUUUAGGAGAAUCAGAAUUAACAAACAGCCCUCAAGAAGAAAGAGGUUCACGAUUGAGUGACUCGCAUGCAGAGGUUCUGACUAGACGUGCAUUUAUACGUUACUUGUACGAUCAGAUCGACUUGACUCUGAGUGGUUCGGACAGUACAGUUUUUAAGCGAAAUGAUAAAAAUAAAAUAGAACUGAAUAGUGCCAUAUCAUUCCAUUUCUUUUCAAGUCAAACACCUUGUGGAGAUUGUUCAAUUUUUCUCAAAGAGAAAACUUCUGAUGAUAAUGGGCCUCCAUCUAAGAUUAGGCGACUUGAUGAGAAUGAAAAGAUAAUCACAGAAUCAUUUUAUAAAGACAUAUAUAGAACAGGUGCAAAAUGUAUGAAAGAAGAACAGAUACAAGAUUCUUAUUUACCUGGUAUAAAUUAUCAUAUAGUGGGUCCUUUACGUACUAAACCAGGUAGAGGUGAUCCUACAAAAAGUUUAUCUUGUUCUGAUAAAAUAGCAAAAUGGCUCAUUCUUGGAUUGCAAGGAUCAUUUCUAUCAUUGAUGAUACCAUCAAUAAGGUUAGAGAGUAUCACAAUUGGAGGUGGUUGUCCUUUUUCUUUUGAUGCAAUGGAACGCGGAUUGUACAAAAGAUUUAAUAACAAAAUGCAUAAUCCCAAGAUUUUUCAAGCAAAACUCAGUUUUAUACAUAAGAAAGGACAGGAACGAUAUCAUCCUUGUCCAAGUAGUAUUAUAUGGUUUGCUGGGAGGAAUAGUGUACUAGAAGUGGCAGUUGCUGGCAGAAAACAGGGAAUGACAAAAAAGAAGAAAGGUAAUAGUUUAUUCAUAAGUAGACGAAUGCUUCUGCAAACCUUUUUGCAAGUUUUGGACAAGCACCCAAAUUACUAUAGUGAAAUAAAACAUCCAAAAAAGAUCACAUAUUAUGACUGGAAGCAGUGGUCAAUAGUAUAUCAAAAUAAAUGGAGACAAUUACAAUUUGAAACAUUUCAAAAUUGGCCAUAUAAACCAGUAAAUUCGCGAAACUUUGCAUUAUGAAAUCAUCUCAUAAGUGCCAAGUUUAUAAAUACGUUUUAUAUAUUACAAAUAUAUAUAUACACGUU